CAUGUAACAGGUUGUUAUUACGCAUCGAUGCAAAUGUCUUUUUUAACAAUAUUCAGUCAUCGCCUCCGGCCAAGCACUAACAUUGAUUACUAAUAUUAAAAAUUCUGUACUGGAAACUAUCUCCAUGUAAGUGGAUGGACUUGGCCCCUUACCUGUAACUCUACCUGUAUUUGUCAAUCAUUAAUUUCUGUGAUCAGGAAGACAGUCAGGAACUUCCUUAGCACCCAGCAGAUCCAAAUCACUGACCAUCUUUCGCUGGCAUAUUUUCUCCCCAUAGUCAAGUUAUUAAAAAAAUUAUAAAAUAAAUCUUGUUAUCAAGUUGCUGGUUUUCUGAGAUUAGAGCAAUGACCAGAAGAGUAGAGAACUGCAGCCUGAUGGGUGCUGAAAUCCCACUUUCCUCAGAAUUCUUUAAAGUGAUUAAAAAUGAACUGUGGCUGUACCUCGUGCCAGCCGCACUGGCUAUCCUGCUGCUGGCUCUCUUCCUGGAAGAGGUUGGCUUCUUCCUCCGCCAUGUGCCUUCAUUUAGACGUAGGACUCUCAGCCUGUGGAUCCUGGGCAUGUAUCCGAUCUUCGGAAUGACCUCCAUCACUGCACUAUACGUACCUCGGUCCUCCUCAGUGUGUAAUUUUAUAGCUUCUUUAUAUCACUCCAUCACUCUGUUAAAGUUCAUGGGCCUUAUUGAAAACUUUUUUGGAGGGAAGGCCCGGAUGCUUGAGGUGCUGGCAGGGGAACAGGUUUCUCCUGACCCUUUUCCCUGCUGUUGCUGCUGCUGUUUGCCCCUCAUCAGCAUCAACAGGACAAGUCUGGGAUGGAUGAUGGCUGCAGUGCUUCAGCUCUCUGUGGUCAGAACUCUUGUGUUCUUUAUCACUCUGGUCCUCUGGACAGAUGAACAAUAUGACUAUGGGGAUGUCGAUUCAGUUAAUCCCAACAUUUAUGUAAAUUCAAUCAUUGGUGUAUCCACCUUCAUGUCCUACUAUGGCUAUCUGCUGUUCUACAAGGCAACCAGGAGAGCGCUGCAAGGCUAUGGGCUUCGAGCCAAAUUUGUUUGCAUCAUUGUUGUUUUAGUGCUGUGUGGACUUCAGUAUGGAAUUUUGGAAACUAUGGGCGCGCUGAAAGUUGUGCCAUGCGCACCUCCAUUCUCCGCUCUGUUUCGCUCUCAGUUAAUCUACCACUAUUCAGUAAUCGUGGAGAUGUUCUGCAUCAGCCUCUUUGCUCGUAACAUAUUCCGUAAAGUGGAGCCUAGUCCAGAGGAUGCUUAUGGCCUUGAGGAGGGAAUCAUCAGUAACAAGGCAGUUCAAACAGAAGCUCAGUUGCCCCUUGCAGUUCAGCUUAGCUCUCAGGCAGAGGAGCCAUGGAGCUCUAACCCUGGCUACAGCAGCGACAGUGAAGACAGUCUUUGCAGAAUCGAACAUGCACCGCUGGACCACUUUCCUUUUCCCUUCCAGUGCAAGCCUCUGGAUUUGUCAGACAGAGACAGUGAUCAUCUACCUGUGGAGUGUAAUACACAACCUUCAACCAUAACCGUUAGUGCUGAGAUCAACGAUGUGGUAAAUUCUGAUGUCACCGUUGUAUAGCAGCAGAUGUGUCAAGCCAGAUAUAACCACUGAUGUUAUCUCGUUACUCUCAGCUCAUGUAAGUGGCUGCGUUAAAACCAAAAAAGACAAAAAACACUGAACCCUGAGAGCUUUUAAUCUCUGUUCUUCAAUCUCUAAACCAACGCUGUAAGUGUGAGCAAGCUUUUUUAUAACUUGAUUUUAUAUGUUGUCUGUCAUUGUAAACUACUUUUAU